AGGCCAAGUUUGUAUAGUGGAAUUUCAGUGCUACCAAUCAGACAGCAUGUAAAACAUCUGAUUGUCAAAAUAUUUAUUCUAUGAAAAAGGAAUUAUGUGUUUAUGAAGUUCACAAAUAGAAUGCAAUUUAGUGAUUUUUGAAUAAAUAAAAUGUUUCGACAUAUAAUAACUACUACGAAUCGACAAACUGGCUUAGCCAAUGUGGUCUUACGUUUACAACAUAUGUCUUCGCAACCUAAUUCACCUGAAGAAAGUAAGAGAAGUGCCACUUUGGACCGUAUAAGGGAAGAAUUAAUUGCUGAUAAGGAGAGACUACAAUGGCGAAAACCUAUAGGAGAAAGACCCGGUGAUUGGCAUAGUAAACUAAAAGUAUUUGAGAAUUCUGAACAAACUUCCGAUUAUAUCAUUAUGAUGCAAAAACCGAUUAACCUCAGUCCAAGUGCGCUAAAGGAAUGGUGGCGAAAACGCAAUGAACGCGUUGAAAAACAUAUGCAAAAGUAUGUGCAGGAGCGACAUGAAAUAUUAGGAGCUGAACUAGCCGCUGCACAUUUCCUUUUAUAUCGUGGCGGUGCAGUUAAAUUCUUACACGAACGUGGCUGGAUGCGUGCAAACGACGAAGGCGAAUUCAAUUUGCCAAAUAAAUACCAUCCGGCUUUUAAAAUUGAGGGACUUCGAUGUGACAACAUGACCCUAUAUUAUGAAGGAUUGGAAAAUAUACGUAAUUUGCAGGAAUUGAAAUUUCUAUCAUUUCAUAACGUGCACACAUUUGAUGAUUGGUGUUUAGAUCGUAUAUCUAGUUCUGGUUUUCCUAAACUGGAAGUUUUGGAUAUUUCUAAAACAAGUUGUACGGUAAAUGGCCUCUCGUGUUUAUACCGCAUACCAACCUUAAAACUAUUAAUUGUCAACGAUCCUAAAGAAUCAUUGGAGUUUGAAUUGGCAUGCUCCAUGCUAGAAGAAGUUAUACCAAGUGUAAAGAUUGUCGAUGCGGCAUCAAUACAUAAUUUAUAGUCAAAGUAAUGUUAUAUAUUUUAAAUUUGAUAUUAAAAAUUAUUUAAAAAAGUAACAACAUU